CAAUUGCUUUCACAUUUCUUUCUUUAUAUGAGAGUGCUAUAUGGAUUUGGAUAACAAUUUGGAAAAUAAAUGUUCACUUAAACUUCUUGCAAUGGCUUCAUUGUAUACUCUAAACGCAUAUUUACAAAGAAUCCCAAAGUCGACAUUCCAGUUUGCGCACACACAUAACAGAGUCUGUUAAAUUUGCGGGUGUUUUGCUGUUGUAUUUUCCAUCGCUAACAGACACAAAAAAUUUUCUUGUGGGGUAUUUACUUCUGUCGAGAUUUUGUUUAAACGAAAAAAGAGUAAAAUAUAACAAAAAAUAAAAAGCAAUAAGCAAUCGAACACUACGAAGACAAUAUUGCAUAUUGCAUCUACAAUACUGUAUGCGUUUAUAUUUACAAAUUCAUAUGUAUACGCCCGUGUGUGUGUGAUGUGCACAUGAUGAUGACAAGUGCAGUUAGAACCUGAUUUGGAAGCAUAUACGAGGGACAGCGAUGGAUGAAACAUCGUUGCCAUCCACUUCGGCGGCGGCAGCACCAGUAGCUGGCUCGCUGACAGCUGUUACCGCACGUGGACGAGGAAGGCCAUUGAAAAAUCCGCCAAACACCGCUGCCGCUCCACCUCCAGUUGAGGCAACCAUUGAAGAAUCAGAUUCCCUUCAGUCCGUUGAAGAAGCAGCAUCGCCCACAAAUUUAGGUGAAUGUCGACGCAGUUCACGAAAAAAGAUUAUCAAAUUCGAUGUGCGAGAUUUGCUAAACAAGAAUCGGAAACAGCAUAAAAUUCAGAUUGAGGCACGCAUCGAUUCGAAUGCACCACUUGCCGGCGGCCCAUCUCCAUCGCCAGAUAACCCGGCUGUUGCUGCCGCAGGAUUGGAUAAUCAUCGUGUAUUAGUGGAUAUGCCAACAAAGGAUAUAUUUGCUAAGCCAAAGACCACAUCCACUUUAAUUGUGUCCCAGGUUAGUAGUGAGCCCACAACUGGAGAUGUAACCAAUGCACCUUCACCAGUGCUUCGCAAGCGUGGACGCCCACGCAAAGUUCAACCACCUGCCACAACCAUAGCUACUCAGAUUGCACCUGCAAUUGAUACGAAUGUAAUUCCAUCGGCUAUAUUCAAUUACUCUGACUCUGAUACCAACUCCACCAGCGGCACCAUAUCCACAGCAUCCGGCAGUAGUGGUAGUAGUGGCGACAAUGACACGGCUUCUGAUAUUCCCAAGAAAAGCAAAUCAAAACUUCGUGUAUCAUUGAAGCGAUUAAAUAUGCCCAAACGUCAGGAAUCAAUGGACUCUGGUGGCAUUAGUGUGGUUGAUGUUCUAUCCAGUUCAUCGUCAGAGGAUACCAUGCCGACUCCGCCAUUGGAAACACUGCCACCGCCAGAUUUCAAUCCAUCGUCAUCCCCCGCUCAGCCAGUAUUGAUGCCUGUUUUGCCAGAAGGAAAUGUUCAAGAAUCUGAGGAAGAUUCCGAUUCCCAAAUUAUAUUUGUUGAAAUUGAAACAGAAACUAAGACGGAAAUGUCGAAUGAUUCAAAUGAUCAUCAUGACGGACAAAACCAGGAGAAUGCAGCCGAAGAAGGAGGAACUGAACAGUCGGAUCGUAAAUUUAAAAUCUUGUUUCCCAAGAAGCACAAGCAGCAACAACAGAAGCAGCAGCAGAAACAGCAACAAGACGAGGUCGAUGAGCCUGAGAGUCAAGAAUUAAUUGUAGAAGUUCUAUGUGAACCACCUAGCUUAUGGUCAGCUGACGAUGAAGCUGAUGAAGACGAUGACGUUACUCCAAGGCGUAGCAAACGUUCCAUACCACGUUCUGGUGGCCAUCAAUCCAAUGGCAAAACUUUAGAAGAGACGUUUGCCGAAAUUGCGGCUCAAUGUAGUAAAGCGGUAGCUAGUAUUAAUAAUCAAGGGGACAAAGAGAAACAACCAAGUCGCCAAGAGACAGAGCUAGAGACUGUAGUAGAAGAGGUAGAGACAGAGGAAGACCUUGAUGGUCCACACACAUUAAUGGAAGUUAUUGAUGAAGUUGAAAGUCUGCCCGAAUCCAUGCCGCCACCCCCUGCAAUAUGUGAGGAAAUAGUCAUAGAGCCGUUUACUGCAGAACCUCAACCUCAGCCAUCGACAGAAGAGGAUGCGGCUACAAUUCCAAAUGACCAAAUAGAUCAAACACUGCCUACAGUAUCAACAGAGACUGAUAAACCGACUGAUUUGCCGUCAGUAGAUCCAAUUCCAGAGGUGGUUGCUGAUCCAACUGAAACAAAGUUACCAAUAACAAAUAUCGAAUCGAAUAUACUCCGAAUCUUCAGCACAGAUAACACACCGGGGGAAUCCUCAUCCAUUUCAUCUUCCUGCUGCUUAGAAAUUAAACCAAAAUCAUCAAAUGAAGCUCCUGUAGAAGUAGAGACAAUCAUCGACAAAAGGGAACUGCUGACAGUCGAAAUAACUAAAGAGAAAGCUGCGGAAAACGAAUCGUCCUCCCCAAAGAAUUCAUCUGUUGAAGAAUCAGCGAAAACUCUUGCCAUAGUUGAAGAGACUAAAAUUGAGGUGGAGAAACCUGCGACUCCUGUUCCAAUUGCAAUUGAGAAACCGCCUCCUCCUACUCCUCCCCCUAAAUUAGCAAUAGUGGAGGUCGAGAAACCACCUCUUCCACCUCCUCCACCAUCUGCUGUCUCACCAGUUGCCGAGGAAAAGAAAAUCGAGUCUACCAGUAAGUCGAGUAAAUCCUCAUCAGCUACCGGAAUGGGUUUUAUUGAAUGUGAUGCCAUGUUCAAGGCCAUGGAUAAAGCCAAUGCUCAAAUGCGUAAUGAAGAGAAGCACAAAAAGAAACUUAAAGUAGCCAAAUUGGGCAAGAAGCAGGAAAAAGAGGAGAUGCAGGAACAACAGAGUUCAUCUGCCACGGCUUCGCCGAAAAGUGCAACAAUUCGUGAGCGUCGGAAUACAAUAUCAUCGGCCAUAACAGCCCUCGGUGAGGUCGAAGGCUUCUCUUCAUUGUCCAAGCGACGUUUCUCAUUGCAUCCCAAAGCAUCGCCCAGUCCCGAUCUCUCAGUUGGUAAGAAGAAGCAAAAAAAGAAGACUGGCAAAACGGCAGGAUCACAAUCGAGUACCACCAAUCGAAGUCGACAAAUUUCCGUAGACUCCAGUGGUUCCAGUGCAUCGCCAUCUGGCACCAUUAUCGUUUCAAAAACCAAACGCAAAUCAAAGAAAUCCACCGAAGCUCUUCAAGCGGCUCUAACAGAGACCGAAUCAUCUGAAUCUACAUCAUCUGGCAGUCGUAUGCGCAAUUGGAAAGGUGCCCAAACACCAUCGACAACAUCAUCAGCAUCUCCAGAACUAGAGGCACCCGAUCCGCUCAAGGAUAUUGCUAAAUUCAUUGAGGAUGGGGUGAAUCUACUUAAACGUGACUACAAACUGGAUGACGAAGAGCAGCAGCAGCAACAACAACAACAACAACAACAGCCAGAAGCGGAUGAAGAUGAAUUUGCUGAACGUGUGGCCAAUAUGGAGACACCAGCAGCAACACCGUCACCAUCACCUCAGCCAACAAGUCACAAUUCGGAGCCAGAACAAAGUGGUGUACGCAGAUCGCAUCGCAUUAAACAAAAGCCACAGGGCAUGAGAUCCAAUCAGGGACGCACUGGAUCCUCAGCAUUAUCAUCGGCAGUGGUGCCAUCGAUUAAUAUGGAGGAUCAGCUAAGUGAAUUGGCCCACAUUGAGGCCAUCAAUGAGCAAUUUCUACGUAACGAAGGUCUCAACACUUUUCACGCAUUGAAGGAGAACUACUACAGAUGCGCCAGACAGGUAAGCCAGGAGAAUGCCGAAAUGCAAUGCGAUUGUUUCCUCACCGGCGACGAAGAGGCCCAGGGACAUCUUUGUUGUGGUGCCCGUUGCAUCAAUCGCAUGCUGAUGAUUGAAUGCGGUCCAUUGUGCACCAAUGGUGAUCGUUGCACAAACAAACGCUUCCAACAGCACCAAUGCUGGCCAUGUCGUGUCUUUCGCACCGAGAAAAAGGGAUGCGGCAUCACAGCCGAAUUGCAAAUCCCACCGGGUGAAUUCAUUAUGGAAUAUGUGGGCGAAGUAAUCGAUGCCGAGGAAUUCGAAAGACGUCAGCAUCUCUAUUCCAAGGAUCGUAAUCGUCAUUACUAUUUUAUGGCGUUGCGUGGCGAGGCCAUUAUUGAUGCUACGUCCAAGGGUAACAUUUCACGGUAUAUCAAUCACAGUUGUGAUCCCAAUGCCGAAACCCAGAAAUGGACUGUCAACGGUGAGCUGCGCAUUGGUUUCUUUAGUGUGAAAACCAUUCUGCCGGGUGAGGAGAUCACCUUUGAUUAUCAAUACCAACGCUAUGGUCGCGAUGCCCAAAGAUGCUAUUGUGAGGCCAUCAAUUGUCGUGGCUGGAUUGGUGGUGAGCCAGAUUCCGACGAGGGUGAACAAUUGGAUGAGCAAUCCGAAGCAAGUGACGCCGAAGACGACGACGAGCAACAGGAGACGCAAGAGGAGCCCAAGACGGCUACAGCUUUGAAGGCUGCUGCGAUUAAAGGCAAAAACAAGGUGAAAACGGGCAAAUUGGCCCUAACCAAAGGCCACAAGACCAAAACUAAAGAUCAACCAAAGGCAAAAGACAAAGAAUACAAAGCUGGACGUUGGCUACGGCCCAGUACUGGUGGUGGUAGCGGUGCUAGUAUUGGACUUACGGCUGCUUCUGGUACUGCAGCUGGAGCUGGAGCUGCUGCAAACAAAUCAUCUCGCAAACCAAAGGUUAAUAAAUUCCAUGCCAUGCUCGAGGAUCCGGAUGUGUUGGAAGAGCUAACGCUGCUUAGCCGCAGUGGUCUCAAGAAUCAAUUGGAUACUCUGCGUUUCUCUCGCUGCAUGGUGCGAGCCAAACUAAUAACCACCCGCCUGCAAUUACUGGGCGUGCUCACACGCGGCGAAAUGCCAUGUCGUCGUCUCUUCCUUGACUAUCAUGGCCUGAGGCUAUUGCAUGCCUGGAUUAGCGAGAGCGGCAACGAUGAUCAGAUGCGUUUAGCUCUGGUCGAUGCUCUUGAAGUUCUGCCCAUACCAAAUCGUACAAUGCUCAAUGACAGUCGCGUCUACCAGAGUGUUCAGAUGUGGGCAACUAAUCUCGAACAGGAUCAGCAGCAGCAACCGGAACAGGAUCAGGGACAGACUCACAAUCAGGAGGAGAAGACAGCACUUCGUGAGAGGAUUAUGGCUCUGUUGAAGAAAUGGAAUGCAUUGCCCGAAAUCUUUCGCAUACCGAAACGUGAACGCAUUGAACAAAUGAAAGAGCAUGAACGAGAGGCCGAUCGACAUAGUACAGCUCUGGAGGAUCGUUCCAGUAAUACGGAUCGUUUUCGUCAAGAUCGCUUUAGGCGAGACACGCUGAGUGCACGAAAGCCAUCAAGUAGAAUGAGCGGCAAUAAUACCAUAUGCACCAUAACCAGCAGCAGCAAUGGCAACGGAGGAAAUGGAGGCGGUGGAAAUGGUGGAAAUGGUAACUCUAGUGGUUCCACCUCUGACACGGCACAACUAACUCGUGGUGGUGGCAGCGGUGGUGGUUGUGGAGGUAAUGGCAGUGGCAACGGCAAUGGCAAUGGUAGCAAUGAUCCCCGGAGACGCUGUACCGAUCAGCCGCAAGAGGCCUAUCAUCAUCAGUCGAAGCGAUUUAUGUCCAACAUCUCGAAAGAGGCACGCCGUUUGCUUUUCGAGAGACGCGUCGCCAUGGAUGAGGCCGAGAAGCGUGUAUCUAGCGAGGAUUGGCGUGAACAUGAGACACGCUGUGAAUACUUUGGUUUCGAUCUCAAUACUGCACCCAAAAUGUUGCCCUUCUAUCAGAACACCGAAACCGGUGAGUGGUUCAACAGCGAGGAUAUGCCAGUACCGGCACCACCGCGUGCCUUGGAACUGCUAGCGGAUCAAAAUGUUGUUGAUAUGCCAGCCCCAGAGAGAGCCGAUGUCGAAUAUAAGCUACCACCGAGUGUGGAUCCUUUGCCACCAGCUUGGCAUUGGCGCCUGACGCCCGACAACGGCGAUAUCUAUUAUUAUAAUUUACGUGAUCGCAUUUCCCAAUGGGAGCCACCAAGCGCCGAACAGCGACUGCAACCCCUGGUGCCCGAUGAGUUGCCACCAUCAUCAGCGGCUCCGGCAAUACCACUACAAGAUCUCGUUGAUCCCGAAAUUCUUGCCAGCGAACUCAUCAAUAUCGAUGUGGACUAUGUGGGUGGCUUGAGUGUUAAAUCCUUAUCACAGUAUGUUGAGGCAAAAAUCCGCGAACGUCGUGAAUUGCGACGCAGCCGCUUAGAGUCCGUGUGUGUCAUCAGUCCCCGGCGUGAUGAGGAUCGUUUAUACAAUCAAAUCGAAUCGCGUAAAUACAAAGAGAACAAAGAGAAGAUACGACGACGCAAGGAACUUUAUCGCAGGAGACGCCUGGAAUUGUUGCAACAACAGCCAGAUGGUGAAGCAAAUGCUGAUACCACGACUACCACCACCGCCACUGAUUCCACCAUAUCCACCGGUGGCACCAGCACUGCCACCAGUGUUGGGGAAUCGCUACCCAUUCAGGGUUAUCUGUACUCUUCCGAUGAGGAUGCCCCCGUCGAGGAUGUGGAAUUGCCUCUAAUCGAUGGUAUUGUUGCCGGACAGACGCAAGUCGAUGAAUUGGAUGCCCUUAAUGUUGAGCCAAGUACAAGUAAAUCAGCUUUGGCUGCUCUCAUCAAAUCCGAAUUCAUGGAGCAAACAGUUGAACCACUGCCAAGUAGCAAACGAAAGUUACCCAUGCCACCCACUCUGGUGGAGCAAAAGAAACAUCGUCUAGAGCGGAGCAGCAAGAAGAGUAGCAAAGGUUUUGUAAGCAGUUCAAGCAGUGGACGUGAGGCAACUGAAAAGUUUCGUUUUGCCAUCAGUGGUCAUGUGGCAGAUUUCUUGCGUCCCUAUCGCAAAGAUAAUUGCCAAUUCGGACGCAUUACAUGCGACGAAGAUUAUAGAUUCCUGAUCAAGCGGCUGAGCCAUCAUAUAACCACCAAAGAGAUGCGUUAUUGUGACUUGACUGGCAAUCCUUUGGCCUGCACCGAGUCGGUAAAGCACAAAUCCUACGAUUUUGUCAAUCAGUAUAUGCGAAAAAAAGGUUGCGUCUACAAGAAGCCAGCAGAUGAGCCAUGCUUCUAAUGAUAAUUUGACCAAGAGACAACACAACGUUUUUACACCUUGUACCACGAUCUACUACCACCAAUCAAUCAACCAGAGUUAGUUAUCUAAGUUAGAUAUGAAAACCACAAUAAUAUGUAUACAUAAUUUGUACCCCUAUGUAUGGGGUAUACAUUUAAGAGAAGAAUAAUGAUUGUAUUAAACAAAAUGUGACAUUUAUUCAAUGAAUAAUUUAAUUCUUCUUUAA